UGAACUGGAGGGGCGAGGGUACAAUGUGUCCCCAUCCGCUUUCGCAGAUUUGAAACUGUUUUUUGCUCUCUUUCGCUGAUAUCCCUGGCCCCAGGUUUUUUUUUGCCUGCGGAUAUAUUUAUGGUUUUAUCUUGCUCACUCUAUACAUAAUCACUCUGCAGUUCAAAGUGAAUGCGAGUCAGCAGGGCAGACUUUCUGUGCCAAGUGAAACUUUUCUUUUAUUAAUUGUUUGAAAGAAAGGGAUUUGUUGUGAGGACGAAUUUGGAUUUGUUUCCUUUGAGCCAUUCUCCGGACAUACUGGAAGUGUUCCGCUGUUAUGACCGAAUGCUGUAACUCCUGACUGAGAGCUGGGUCUGAGCAGCGGUUACAGGGUAAAGUUUCCACAUUGAUUCUCUCCCCGGCAGCUCCUGUCUCACUCACACUCACUCACACACACACACACACGCACUCACACACUGACUCACACUCACACACACUGACACACGCUCACACACACACUGACACACACACACACUGACACACACACACUGACACACACUCGCUCACACACUCAGUCACACACACGCACUCACUUACACUUGACACACACACACACGCUCACACACCGCAGACGGUUUUCCAUCUGGGCACUCGCAUGGCUUUGACGAAGUAGGACCCUCGCCCCAUGUGUGAUGAUGGCACAGCUGAGGGGCGACCCCAGACUGGGAACAGCUUGCUCCAGGCGCCCAGAGCAUCUGGGAAAUCCCCCGCUGCCUCCCCUAAAGCAUCUCCUCGGAACUCGCCAAGAAAUUCCCCGUUGCUCUUCCGCAAACUCAUGAUGAACAGGAGCAUCCGGCUGCAGCGCCGUUUCACCGUGGCACAGACUUGCUUCGACGUUGAGAAUGGCCUGUCUCCUGGACGCAGCCCACUUGAUCCUCAGACCAGUCCCAGCUCAGGGCUUGUGCUGCAGGCAAACUUCAGCCACACUCAGCGGCGGGAAUCCUUCCUGUACCGUUCCGACAGCGACUACGACCUCUCUCCGAAGAAUGUGUCCCGGAACUCCUCCAUCGCCAGUGACAUGAGUAUCUAUCUCAAGGCUCACCCAAGAUCUGCCCUAGCUUCCCGGUUCUCCGAGCCAGUCCUUGCCCUGACGAUGGGAAACCAUACAGAAGACAUGAUUGUGACACCGUUUGCUCAGGUAUUGGCUAGUUUACGGACUGUGAGGAAUAACUUUGCUACGUUGGCGAAUCUGCAAGACCCACAAAAUAACAAACGGAAAACAGGAUGCACCUCGGGAAUCUGCCGGUCACUCAUAUCAGAGGAGAGCAAAUUGGCUUCCGAGACCCUGGAGGAACUGGACUGGUGUUUGGAUCAACUUGAGACGCUUCACACGAGGCAUUCUGUCAGUGAGAUGGCCUCCAACAAGUUUAAGAGAAUGCUGAACCGAGAGUUAACCCAGUUGUCUGAAAUGAGCCGUUCUGGAAACCAGGUCUCGGAGUUCAUAUCCACAAUGUUUUUAGACAAACAGCACGAAUUAGAUAUACCGCGGACAACCCCAAGAGACAAGCUGGAGCCCAUGGGACAGAUCAGUGGUCUGAAAUACAGCACGAGUGUCGUCUCUGUGGAUGUCCCCCGCCUUGGAGUUAAUUCUGACCAGGAACCCGAGCUAGAGCAGGAAUUGUCAAAUAUCAACAGUUGGGGCUUGGAUAUCUUUAAGCUGGGAGAAUAUUCCAACCACCGACCAUUGACAGUUGCUAUGUACGCCAUCUUUAAGGAGCGAAAUCUCUUGAAGAUAUUUAGGAUUCCACCCUCAAUUUUUAUCACUUACAUGAUAACACUAGAAGAUCACUACCAUCCCGAUGUGAGCUACCACAACAAUUAUCAUGCUGCUGAUGUGGCUCAGUCCACCCAUGUCUUGCUUCGAUCACCAGCAUUAGAGGCAGUCUUCACAGAUCUUGAGAUAUUGGCUGCGAUUUUUGCCUCGGCAAUCCAUGAUGUUGACCAUCCAGGAGUCUCGAAUCAGUUCCUCAUUAAUACCAAUUCGGAAUUAGCACUGAUGUAUAAUGAUACCUCAGUGUUGGAGAACCACCAUUUGGCUGUGGGUUUUAAAUUGCUGCAGAAGGAAAACUGCAACAUCUUUAAGAACCUGAGUAACAAGCAGUUUCAGAACCUUCGCAAAAUGACCAUCGACAUGGUCCUAGCAACAGACAUGACCAAACACAUGAACCUGUUAGCAGACUUGAAGACAAUGGUGGAAACCAAGAAAGUUACAAGUUUAGGGGUCUUACUGCUGGAUAAUUACUCCGAUCGGAUCCAGGUUCUGCAGAAUAUGGUGCACUGUGCUGACCUGAGCAAUCCCACCAAGCCCCUACACCUGUACCGCACCUGGGUGGACAAAAUAAUGUUGGAGUUUUUCCAGCAGGGAGAUCAGGAGCGUGAGCGGGGAAUGGAAAUCAGCCCCAUGUGUGACAAACACACUGCUUCCAUCGAGAAGUCCCAGGUUGGAUUCAUCGAUUUCAUUGUGCACCCUCUCUGGGAGACGUGGGCUGAUCUGGUUUAUCCAGAUGCCAAAGAGAUACUUGACAACCUGGAGGACAACCGUGAUUGGUUCGACAGCAUGAUCCCUCACAGCCCGCCCUCACCCCAAUCCCUGGACCUGGCAGACAAAAGCAAUUUCCUGCUGGACAUUACAAAGCCCACAGAGGCCUUGAGCACCAAUGCCAGCUCCUAUGAGGAAAUGCACAGCUGCAGCAGCCCAGAGACAACAGACACUGACUUCUCUGAAUUGUCGGAGACCGUCGAAGCUGGCCGAGCCCAUUACUCCAGGAAAUUGGGCAGGGGCAGCUACUUAGCCCCACUACCCGCCGACGAUAGCGAGGUGGGCAACUCGUCUGCUGAAGAAGGCAGUUCCAGGGAUUCGGGGAGUAGUACUCCAGAGAGCAGGUAUCAGCCACCCCCUGACUAUCAGCCCAUCCUAUUCAAGUCCCAGCCUCCAAAGGAAGGAGCCAGCCAAAACACAUGGGAUGUGUCAGGGCAAGGCAGCAGACAGGACCUGGCAGACUUGUCAGGGCAAGGCAGCAGACAGGACCUGGCAGACUUGUCAGGGCAAGGCAGCAGACAGGACGUGGCAGAUGAGUCAGCGCGAGGCAGCAGACAGGACGUGGCAGAUGAGUCAGCGCGAGGCAGCAGACAGGACCUGGCAGAUGAGUCAGCGCGAAGCAGCAGACAGGACCUGACAGAUGAGUCAGCGCGAGACAGCAGACAGGACCUGGCAGAAGCAGAUGCAAGCCUCUCAGAUCUUCCACUGGGCACCUAACAAGACAAAGACUUUGUACAUUAUUUAAUAAAUUCAUUCUUUUUCUGGUAUCAAAGCACACACCAACCAGCUGUAGCUUUACAUGUCAUGCAGCUGGGAUCUUCGCUGUGAGCUGGUUGAGGAAGGCAGCAGGAGAGAGACAUUUUGGCCAGUGUCAACCACAACAAUGAGCAACCAAAAGGAAACCAAAACAUAUCCAAAACAAACAGUGCCGUGAUGUUACCCCCACUUGUCUUGGCAACGGGGGAGUUUUUUUUAAGAAAAAGGAGAUCGCUGGCAAGAAAUGUAUCCAAUCUAAAUCCGAAGGAGGAGUAAAGAAAUCGGAUGGAGUCAGGAAGGGAAACCAGCUUGGAGAGCAAGAUUUUAUUUUUCAUUUUUUUCUUUUUUUUAAACAAAAUGCCUUCAGCAAAAAUAAAAAAAAAACUAAGAAGGAGAAAAGGCUUAAAGUGUAGCCAGGGAAGCGAGUGCAUGUGGUAAAGGGGGAGCACAAUGGUUGCUGGCCUGCUGAGAACUGUCCCUUGAACUGGGAAGGUUGAAUGAGUUGGAUCGUGGCACUGACUCCAGCAUGCACUGGAAUAGAGACUGGAGGACACGAGAAAUCGAUGCCUUUUUAAUUGAAUUGGAAACUGUCAGCAGCGUGACAGGACUUUUAUUUGGGUACAAACAAAACAUUUAAAAGGAGGGUUUAUCGGUCCUUUUUUAUUUUAAAAAGUGAUCUGUAUUUUUCUUAAAUGAAUAUUUUUAGCAACUUUUUUACACAAUUUGACUUGUGAUUAUGUGAGUCUUGGAUUGGACCGUGUUGACUGCUGCCCUUAAUGUCUCCGUGUGUGUGUGUGUGUGUGUGUGUGUGUGUGUGUGUGUGUGUGUUUGUGAGAGACACACAUGUCCCCACUAUCUUUCUUUGUGUGUUUCAAUAUAAACACACCAACAGUGUGAAAUACAGCCCAAUAGACUGUUUGGCUGGUUUUCAUACUAUUCAUAUCUGUACUGGUUUCACUGAACCUGCUGUGUGAAUCUGCAAAAGUGCCUGUGUGUGAGAGAUUGUGAAUGAUAGAUUCUGUGCAUCAGGCUCUGUAACAGUGACUGUGACUGAGGGUGUUGGGAUUGUGGGCAUGUGUGAGUGGGAGAGUGUGAAUACAGCUGUGAUGGAAACAUUACAUACUGAUUAUUGUGCAGUUAUGGAUUUUUUUCUGCAGCCUGUCUCCUGCUGCCCCACAUCAUCGUUUCAAAUUUUGCAUUAAUUCUCUGUGCCACCAAGCGUGAACUCAUGCUCGUCUCUGAGUUAAAAGAUAAUGUUGAGUUUUGAUUGCUCACCUGAAGGGGUGAAUAUUUACCAAACAACAAACAGAACCUCAGCAUUGUGGGCCCAAUGGACAGUUGAUUUUAGUUUCAGGAGGGGCUAACAAUGUGCAUAGCAGGGUAUGGAUCCUGAGACGCUGUGGGAAGCCUGUUACAAAGCACUUGCUGCUGGAUUGAGGGCCUGGCAUUGGGAAAAGGGACCCUCUGAGACCCACCCUCUACUCCAUGCCCCCCACCCGCCAUUCCACACCCUCAGAACCUACCUCAUGACACUCCCCCAUACCAUCCCUCAGCCCUGUGACUCCCAUCCCAAACACAUCACUUGACCGCCCCAGUUCCCCACCCCAUUGCACCCCCCACCAUCAUGAGCGACGCAUCUCCCACCGUCAAGAACCCGCAUCCUACAACAUCCCCAGGACACCAAGCAGUGGGCAGGGCCCCUGUCACCUGCAUUGAAACCCUCCCCCCCCCACCAAAUGUGGACACUCGGGGGGAGCAAACCCCCUCUGUGGAGGAUGAGAUGAUGGGAACACCAUUGCAAUGCUCAGUGACAGCCCACUAUGUGCAGGUGAUGUGGGCUGAGGACAGAGUCAAACUGUCACUCACCCUUCAGCCAAACCAAAGGAUUCAGAGUGUGUUUCCUCACCUGGUUGCAUUUGUAUUUUUCUCCUCGUCCUUUAAGAUUAUCAUACUCCCCAGUGUUCGAAAUGAGGGUGAGGGAUUUUCAAAGGGUGGUGCUGAAGGAUGAAGUUACUGCAACAGAUUACAAAUGAAUGGAGAGGCACACUUCAUUGCGUAAACUGAGGUGAGAAUGAACUUAUCUGCAAUUGUGCCUGCCCCCUACUUUGGAUGCUCAGCGUUACGCAGUAUUUGGUCGCACGGCCUUGCCGCUGCAGGCUCACAUUCGUGAUCCACAAGCCAUCCCAUGCUGUGCUUUAUUGUUCUAUUUCGGGGAAAUGCAGAACUGAAAUCUAAUCAGCACAUCUCUUACGAAAGGGCACAUGCACCUUCUAACCCAACGACCACAGCUUCUGUCUGCCCCUCACACAGAAAAGCAGAAGUGAAUCUCAAGGUAAUAUCCCUCACCCAACACAAACUCAACUAAAAUGCAAUUAGUAACCACCUCCCACCAUCAACACCACCUCCUUCUCUCUCCUUCAUGUGAUUAUCCAGUUUUCCCCUCAAAUCUAUUGAUUUUAGUUCUCCUUGACCAUUCCCUGUGGGAAUGAGUUCCGUGUUCUCCCCCCUCCAGGGGUAAAUUUAUACCCUCAAAUAACAGCAAAAUACCGCAGAUGCUGGAGGCCUGAAAUAAGAAUAGAGUGCUGCCAACACCCAGCAGCAUCUGUGGAGAGAGAAAUGGAAUUGAUGCUUUGAGUCUGAUGACUCUUCUUCGGAAUCUUCUCCCGAAAUGUUUCAAUCAGAUGCGAGACAUUAACUCUGUUCCUAUCUCCACAGAUGCUGCCAGACCUGCUGAGUUUCUCCAGCAUUUUCUGUGCAUGUUUUAUUUAUGUCCCUUGAUCCUCCACAAGGGAGAACGCCCAAAUAAUUGCACUAUCAAACCCUGAAUAAUUUCAAUAACCUCCUCCCAAGUCACUUCUUAGUAAUCUUUUUAGAAAAAAGAACCACAGUCUGUUCGAACUUCCAUGUUAAUUAUAACUUUUCAAUCUUAUAUCAAAUCAGGCAAGUACCUUUCCCAUCUGGGUCUUUGUCAUUUUUGUAACAUGGAGACCAGAGCGCGAAGCAUGAUCUAAUCAAAGUCUGUAGAAAGACCAUGGGAUCUCCUGGUGCAGUGGUACUGUCCCUACCUCUGGGCCUGAAGAUCCCUGUUCAAUCCCCCUCCCUGGAAGUGUACCAAAAUAUGACUAAACAGAUUGAUUCGAAUAACUGUAAGAAGACCAGAACUGUGCACGUUGAAUAUUGAAAAACGGUUCAUUUCUGCUUUAAAUCUACUUGCACUCUUAAGAAACCAACUUCUCGACUUGACCAAAGAUGAAUCCAGGGCUAAUUGUAGCGAACAAAUGUUGACUCAAGCUUGAGGUACAUUGGAGAUGGAAACAAAGGUUAGUCAUAAGGAUGGCAGGGUCUUGGAAAUAGUUAUCUUCAACCAAAGGAAUUGGGGCAUUCUACACUAUUUACUAUACAUAGAUAAAUGAGUGAUCCAUUUCCCCAUUCCCUCAGCCCCAGUUUUAACAUUUCAUGCCCAGUACAGCUUCUCUUUAAGAUGCUUCCAUUUUCUUGAAACCUAAGGUCAGUUUCUGAGCUGUUAACAAUGUAUGUGCCCUCUCCCAUUAAAACCCUGCAACACUUCAGCCUUCACCUGACAUCCCCAUUUCAUUCCCCCCCGCAUUGUUCCAUUUACUCAUUUUUGGUAAUCAAUGCAGUCAUUCCACUCUUAUCCACGAUCCUGGUCACAAACAUUAGCCCACAUCCCAUGGCCCUGUGCAUUCAACCA